AUGGCGGGAAUGAAAAUAAACUAUCAGAAGACGAAAAUGAUUAUGAAAAAUAUGACAUUGAAACAAAGACUUGAAACUACAGAGUUGAUUGGAUUUCAACUGGAGAAGAAAAUCAAAUAUUUGGGUGUUAAUAUUACAGUGAAAUGUAGCUCCCUGAUGAAAGACAAUUAUAACAAAGUGAUGCAAGACAUUAAAAAGGAUUUAGAGAAAUGGAAAAAAUUGCAAGUAUCCCUAAUGAGCAGAAUAGCAAUUUUGAAAAUGAACUUUUUACCACAACCCACCAACCAUAACAAAACCCUUUCCUGUCCAGAAGGAUAUGGCCCUUGCAUUUCUUUGAGCUGUGAUGAAUGCUCCGAGGAACCUGGAAGCAAGGUCGUGUAUGUGGGUUAUGAUCAUGAAGAAAAUGAAGAAAAAUGUUGCUGUGAUAUCAACGAGUGCCGAGAUCCUGCCAAAUGUGGGAAAAGUGCCAGGUGCCACAACACUUAUGGAAGCUACAACUGCAAAUGUGUCGAAGGAUUCCAGUCCAGCACUGGGGAUGUCAUCUUCAAGAAUGCCAGUGAGGUCACAUGCCAUGAUAUCAAUGAGUGCCUAGGGCCUAACAAAUGUGGAAGUCAUACUGAGUGUGAGAACACCUCUGGGAGCUACACCUGCCACUGCAGAGCUGGAUUCCAGGAAGACUUCAGGAGUGGCAGUAUGUCUGCAUGCACUGACAUUGAUGAGUGCCAGCAAAAUGCCUCCAUCUGUGAACCCAAUGGAAGUUGCAUCAACAGUAUGGGGGAUUACCUGUGUAAAUGUAAGCCAGGAUUUGGAAAGAGCUCAAAGGAUGAUAGAAAGAUAUGCAAAGAUAUUGAUGAGUGUCGCUCAAACCCGUGUAGCGAGGGUGCCAAAUGCGUAAACCAUGAAGGGGGAUUUCGGUGCUCAUGCGUACCUGGAUAUAUCGACUACACUGAAGUUACCCGUGAGGGUAAAACAAAGAGCAGUUGCAAGCGAUCCCCCUGUUCAGCAUCUUCAAACAGUAACUGCUCAAAUGAACAGACAUUCAUCUGCAACUUUACAGCACAGUUGGAUAGCAUCUGCAAUUCAUCACUGAGUUCACAGAACCAUACGGAUAAAGAGAAACUCCUGAAGGAUAUGCUGAAUCUGCUGGAUGAUCGAGUGAGCUCACUUGCAUCGAAUAAUGAAAGCAAGGAGGAAAAACACCACAGAGCCACUGAACUGAUGAGAGAGGUAGAGUCUUGGCUCAGAAAUAUUGCGGUCACCCUGGCCAAUGAGCCCAUAAGCAUUGAGACCAGCAAAGGCACAGAAUUGGACAUGGAGAUCAGGACAGCCGGAAACCACAGUCAGCGCUCAGCAUUGCUAUCUCAGAAUGGGACGCAAAUGGAGCUAAGCUGGGAUGUUGCAAACAGAGAAGACAAAGCCGUCAGUCUGAUAGGCCUGCUCUCCUACCAAGACCUUGGGCCUCUUCUGACUGGAGCUCCUAUUGAUGGGAGUGAAGGGGAGGCAGACCAGCCCAUCACUCAAGUAAUACUGUCCAAGGUAGCAGCUGCCUUUGUAGGCCACAAAAACACCGUGUCCUUGAAUAUCCCUGUGAAUUUUACAUUCAACCACCUGGAAGCUGUACAUCCUCCCAGUUUCUCCUUGGGCAAAAAGCUUGAACAGAGACUGAUUUGUGCCUUCUGGGAGCCCAUCAGUGGGGGCUGGUCUACCAAAGGCUGCCAACUUCUGGAAUCCAGUGGCAACAGCACCCGCUGCCAGUGCGACCACUUGACCAGCUUUGCUGUGCUUAUGGCCUUCUAUGAAGUGGAGGACCACAGACUGGUUGUCAUCACCAGGAUCGGGCUGGUUGUCUCUCUGAUCUUCUUGUUCCUCUCCAUCCUCACCUUCCUGUUUUGUCGCUCCAUCCGAGGCACCCGCACCACCAUCCACCUCCACCUUUGCUUGGCACUCUUUGCUGCCUAUGCCAUCUUCCUGGUGGGUGCUGGGAACACUGCCAAUAAGACAGCGUGUGCUAUAGUGGCUGGGCUGCUGCACUACUUUUUCCUGUCCGCUUUCUGCUGGAUGUUGCUAGAAGGUGUGGAGCUCUACUUGAUGGUAGUUCAGGUCUUCAGAACCCACAGUCUCAAGCACUGGCACCAUAUACUUGUGGGAUAUGGACUCCCAGCCAUCAUGGUGGGAAUUGCAGCGGCCAUCGACCAUCGAGGCUAUGGCACCAAGAAUAACUGCUGGCUCUCAAUGGAACGUGGGUUUCUGUGGAGCUUCUUGGCACCUGUCUGCCUCAUCAUCCUGAUCAAUGCCAUUGUCUUCGUGGUUACUAUCUGGAAACUUACUAAGAAAUUUGCAGACAUCAAUCCUGACACGAGUCAACUAAAAAAGCAGAAGGUACUUGUAAUCACAGCCAUUGCCCAGCUCUGUAUUUUGGGCACCACCUGGAUCUUUGGCAUGUUUCAGUUCAGUGAUCACAGCCUUGUCAUGUCCUACAUCUUCACCAUCCUCAACAGCUUCCAGGGGCUCUUCAUCUUCGUCCUGCACUGUCUGCUCAAGAAACAGGUGCGUGAUGACUACUGCCGAUUGCUUUGCCGGCACAGAAGUGGCAAGCCCCAAAGUAGUGACAAGUAUACAGAGUUCAAUUCUACAGGGACUUUCAACACAUUACGGCCACAGAAGUCUUCUCGAGAAUCUGGAAUAUAGCAAUGUCUCCUGAAGUGUGUUCCCAGACUGCAACUUUGCACAUGAUAAAUACAUCCCAUCAUUCCAGUAGCCUUUCCUCUGGUGGAACUACGCACUGCUACAGGCCUGCUGCAGCAAGGACAAUAGAAGGGCAUAGAGGC